AUGGUAUAUAAAGACACAAAUAUCUCAUUAAAAAAAAUCAUUAGUGAAACACAUAAUUGAUUUGUUUGUUUAACCCAACCAUCAAAUCAUGAGAUUAGCUAUUGUAUCGACACUACUACUAGUCCUCGGACUGGGCCUAACCUACGGCGAUGAUGAGCACCUGCACCGCAUACCGUUGGUUAAGGUUGAGACUGUACGCCAACAGUUGCACGAAGUGGACACACCAGUCAGCGAAGCCCUACCAUCACUGGUCAGUCGCUGGUCAAGACGUUUCCGUACSGAAGAUCCCGAACCAAUACCGGAGCCGUUGUCCAACUAUUUGGACGCACAGUAUUUCGGUGUCAUUACAUUGGGAACACCGCCGCAAGCCUUUAAAGUAGUGUUCGACACCGGUAGCUCCAAUCUAUGGGUACCGUCCAAAUCAUGCAAAUGGACUGACCUAGCUUGUAAAUUACAUAACAAAUACGACUCGUCCCUAUCCAUGACCUACAAAGCCAACGGUACUGGACUGGAAAUCCGUUACGGCUCCGGCAGUAUGAAAGGUUUCCUAUCUACCGAUUCGAUGGGUGUCGGCAGUGUCAAAAUUACCGACCAGACAUUCGGCGAGGCCACCGAGGAACCGGGUCUAGCUUUUCUAGCGGCCAAAUUUGACGGUAUCCURGGUAUGGGUUUCGAUAGGAUCUCAGUCGAUGGUGUGGCCACACCGUUUGAAAAUAUGGUCAAACAAGGCCUGGUCAAAGUACCGGUAUUUUCGUUUUAUUUGAAUAGGGAUCCGACCAAACAGCCGGGCGGUGAAAUUAUUUUCGGCGGUUCCGAUUCCAAACAUUACAAGGGCAACUUUACCUAUGUACCCGUUACCAAACCCGGCUACUGGCAAUUCACCAUGGAUGACGUACAGGUAGCUGCCGGUUCMGCAUCCACUGACCUGUGCAAGGGYGGSUGCCAGGCCAUUGCCGAYACYGGUACCUCGCUGAUUGCCGGACCUGUAGCCGAAAUCGCCUCACUYAACGAACAUAUCGGUGCUACACCGGCACCGGUAGGCGGCGAAUACAUUGUCGACUGUCAAAAAGUUGGCCAAAUGCCCGACGUUACCCUMACUAUCGGYGGUAAACCAUUCAAACUAUCGGCCCAACAGUAUGUCCUMCGAGUCAAACAACUGGGUCAGGAAGUAUGUAUGUCCGGUUUUAUGGGUAUGGAUAUCCCGGCACCGGCCGGUCCCCUAUGGAUAUUGGGCGACGUUUUUAUUGGUCCCUAUUAUACGGAGUUUGAUUUAGGCAAUCGACGGGUCGGUUUCGCCGAUAGUGUCUAAACUAUUGAUAAUUAUUAUUAUUAUCAAAAUAAUUAAWUAAUUAAUUAAAUUAUUUAAAAAUAAAUAAAUAAAGUAAU